AUGUUUACUGUGUGGGCAGGGAGCGGCAACUCGACUUGCGGGGUAGUGCCGCCGGCGUGGGCGGCGGACCUGUCGCAGGGCGGCGGGGGCGGGCUGUCCGACGCGGAGGCGUCGCGCAUGCUGGUCGCGCUCUGCCAUAAGGUCCUCUGCGGAUACGCUGUGUUCGUGCUGGCGCGCCGAGACCUCGCCACAGAGCUGAAGACCCGUCGGCUGCUGCAGGAUUUGGACGUCCCGUACAUGGCGGUGCUGGCGGAGUCGACCCGCCUCGGUCGCGAACGCAGUGUCAUUCACAUCCAGCCCGUGUUCGUCGCUGUUGCCUCGUCCGGCGUAACUGUCGCACCAGAGAGUCUGCGGCCAUUGGGGGAAGUGUGGCUCAUGAUGACUCCACCGGGAUUCGCUUCCUCGGUGCCAGCGCCAUUCCACAGCCUCGUCUUGGAGGUGUGCCACGUGGGCCGCCGCUGCGUGCUGCUGCGCGAGCGCUACUCCACGGCGACGGACGUCGGCCAGCUCGGCGGUGCCGUCGGCUGCUACGUAAGGGAGGCGUCGCCGCCGGACUUGGAGUGGGUGCCCGUCAUGUACAUCGACCGCCGCUACUCGCUCGGUGGCAUCCGCCUGCGCGUGCUCGUCCAGCAUGAACCACCAUUUGCAAUAUAUGAAGACAAAACGCGAGCCAGCGGCUUCUUUGGCGGUUUGUGGCACAUCCUGGAAACACGGAUGAAUUUUAGGUCAGACAUGGAGCGCGUGCAGGGCGACCAGUGCGGCUGCAGCGCCAGCUGUGAGCUGCUGCGGCGGCUGGAGGAGGGCAGCGUGGACGCGGCGCUGGGCGGCAUCUCGCUGUCGCCCGAGAAGGCCGACGCCGCCACGCUGCUGCUGCCCGUGCUCACCGUCAAGUACUCGGUGUACAUCCGCGCGCUGCCCUCGCUGUCCACGGACCUGGCGUCGUUCCUGGUGCCGUUCUCUGCGCGGCUGUGGCUGGCCAUCGUCGCCACCGUCGUCUGCUCCGCCCUCAUGCUGGCCCUCAACUGCCGCCUCAGGCACCACCACUGCCGCUGCUCCCUCACGGACGCCUUCAUGGACGUCUACGGCAUCAUCUGCGCACAAGGUGCACACGAGACGGCGUGCACGAGCAGCGCCGGCAGACUGGUGCUGCUGGGCGUGCUGAUGGUGGCCACGACGGUGCCCGCAGCCUACUCGGCGGUGCUGGUCUCCCUGGCUGUCCGCUACCCGGACUUGCCCUUCUAUGACCUGCCGGGUCUGCUGAGGCACGGGGGUUACACUGUUGGCGUUCUGAGGAACUCCACAGAGCACAGCUUCUUCAGCACCACAUCAGAUCCAACAAUGCAGCUGGUAUACAACAGUUUAAUGGAGCCUGAUCCUGAGAAUUUUCCAGCAACAGAUGCCGAAGCCUUUCAGCGAGUGUGCGAAAAGAAGUUCGCUUACUUCAUCCCUCAAGAGUAUACUUAUGCUAUCAUGGACAACAUCUCGUGCAACGUCGUGCCACUACCCACAACACACUUCCAUCUUAGUUUAACUAUCGCACUGGCGAAAGACAGUCCAUACAGUAUGCUCUUCAACCACAACAUCCAAGUUCUUCGGCGCAAUGGCAUUAUCCAGAAACUGUACAGAGAAUGGUGGCCACGCAGAGAAUAUGAGCAAGAUGACCACUGGGAAGCAGUGGACAUGGAUCAACUUAUGUCUCCAUUUGGUAUAUUACUGAUUGGCAUCCUUGUGGCCUCCCUCAUUGGUGCAGCUGAAAUUUGCUGGCAUCUAAAGCGUUCUGAUGUGAGCAUACUUCCAAAAACAGCAUCUCAAAUAGAGGUUGCAGAUUCCAUCCUUCAGGUGUGA